AUGGCCAUACCGUUGUUAGUGUUUCUGUGUUUAGUCUCCUACGCCAUUGGCGAUAACGUGCAUUCCUCUUGCAAUGCUUCGUCGCGAUAUCGAACGUUUGAUGGCACCUGUAACAAUCUGCAAAAUCCUAGCUGGGGAGCGGCCAACACCGUUUACGGACGCUUGAUCGCGGCGGACUAUGGUGAUGGCGUAAAGAGCCCCCGAAAGGCUACGAGUGGUGCCGAUCUGCCCAGUGCGAGAACCGUCUCGAACAAGCUCUUCAGCGAUGCCAACGUGCUGGAUCCGGCCUACACCUUGAUCAACAUGCAGUUUGGACAGAUCGUGGCUCAUGAUAUGGGCUUCACGGCCGGAGCUGUUGACUCGUUGCCGUGCUGUGGUGGAGGGCAACCAGAUCCAAAUCCUGACCCACGAUGCUACCCGAUACCGGUCGCUGCCGAUGAUCCCGUGAUGGGAGCGACUGGCGCUAAGUGUCUCGAUUUCCUGCGAACCAUUACCGAUUGUGAUGCCGAUCCGUCCAGCUGUUCAAAUAGCAAGAAAGCGGAACAGCUCAACAGUGCGACAUCGUUUCUCGAUCUCUCGCUCGUGUAUGGAAACAGUGUGGAGGAGAACACUCCCCUGCGCCAGUUUACCGGUGGUCUGAUGAAGGUGGAAAGACGUGGCGGAUCCGAUUGGCCACCGCGUAACCCACAGUCAAGUGUCGCUUGUGUGCAAAACAAACCGGACGAUGCCUGUUACGCGACGGGCGAUGCUCGUGCCAAUCUUACCCCACAUUUAACCAUCCUACACAUCCUGUUCCUCCGGGAGCACAACCGGAUCGCGAAGCAAUUGGCAUCGCUACAUUCCGCGUGGGAUGAUGAGAAACUUUUCCAGGAAGCUCGUCGCAUCAAUAUCGCUCAGUACCAGCAGAUCGUGUACUAUGAGUGGCUACCGAACUUCCUCGGGUGGGAAAACAUGGAGGAUCGUGGUAUCAUCCAAGAGAAGGAAGAAUCUACGAAUCUUUACCGACACAAUGUGAACCCAACAACGCUGAACUCGAAUGCCAACGCGGCGUUCCGAUAUUUUCACAGUGCGGCCAUCAGUCACUUGCAAUUGGCCAGCGAAAACCGUACCACCGAUGGUGACAUCAGCAUUACCGAUCACACCCUCAAUCCGAACAUCCUGGAGGCUCCCUGCAAGUAUGCCCAGCUGUCACGUGGCAUGUCUACGCAGCAGAUGGGUAAGGUUGAUCGUAACAUCGACUACGAGCUGAAGAACAACUUUUUCAAAUUUGGCGGCCCGGUCGGUAACGAUCUUCGUUCGCUCGACAUUCAGCGCGCUCGUGAUCACGGUCUACCGAGCUACAACAAGUUCCGCGAGUGGUGCGGACUGGGGAAGAUUAAGAGUUUUUCCGAUUUGGGAUCACGAUUAAACUCACCGCAGCUUCCAGCCCUUUUCGCAUCGGUCUACACAUCCGUGGAGGAUGUGGAACUAACGGUGGCCGGUUUUUUCGAGAAGCAUCUCGAGGACAGUCAGUCAGGAGAAACGUUCCAGUGCAUUCUGGAGGAACAGUUCUAUCGUACCCGUGUGGGUGAUCGGUUCUUCUUCGAAACCAACAAUAAGCACGUUGGUUUUAGUCAAACUCAGCUCAGCCAGCUCAGGAAGGCAACGAUGGCGAGGCUACUGUGCGACAAUACGGUCGGGCUGGAGAGCAUGCAACCGGAUGCUUUCCGUAGUUUGUCCUCUGGCAACUCGGUAGAGCCCUGCUCCAAGCUGCCGGUGGUGGAUUUGAGUGCGUGGAAUUAA